UGGCUUGUUGUACAUAUAUAUUUGACACUAUGAUCUUAUUUUUAUUCCAUGGAAAUUAGCUUUGAUCAAGUGUGUGAGAAGAGUGCUAUCAAUAUGUAUUAACAUAAUUUAGAUAUUUAGGUGCAUCAACCUUCCUAUUUCUUGAUAAAUAUAAUAUAUAUACUAUCAAACACAUUUAAAGCAAUUAUAUUGUUUGAAAUUAUAAUCCAUUUUCUAAAAUCAGUCCGAAACAUAAAGUUUACACACAACUCUAUUUUCAUUAAACCUCUCCAAAUUUCUCUGCAUUACGUAACCUUAAUAAUUUUGAGUCCACUUAAAAAGUAGACUCCACUAUGGAAGGGAACUAGGAGUAUUUAAGAAGAGUAAGUUAUGAGAUGAUUUCCAAAUAAGGGUAAAGGAGAAAUCAAUAGAAACUUCAAAGGACGUACGUGAGAGAGAGAGAUAGAGAGUUAGGAAGUUGUUGAGUGUUGGAAAAGAGGGAGAAAUGAAGUCAAUCUUUGUAUUAUGCUUGAUCUUGAGCUUACUAGUUGUAGGGAAGUCGGAACCAGAGAACGACGUCGGCAGCGGCAGUGGCAGUGGCAACGGCAAUGACAACGGCAGCAGCGGUUGCUACAUAAGCUGUUUGCUAAAUGACUGCAGAAAGGGUGUUUUCCAAUGUGCGGUUUGCCUUGGGAAAUGUGCAGUAGUAGGGGCCGAAUCGUCAUACUCAUCGAGGAGCAAUCGAAUGGACAAUCAUGACUUUUGCAAAAUUGGCUGUACCACUUCUCUUUGCACUAAGUUUGCCCUUCCUAACAACCAACACUCAGAUGAGAAGGAAGUGAAAGGGUGUGUGAGUUCAUGCUCUCAGAGAUGCACAGACAGUAUGUAUUAAGGAGAAGAAGGAAGAAGAAGGCUGGGAUUGGCUUUAAAAUACUAUAUAGUAAAAUAAAAGUCAAUAUAUAUGUAAUUGGCAAUAAUUAAGCUAAUUCCAGAUUCAGUUAUAUGACACUGCAUGUACUUCGAAGUUUCUUCCUGCACCCAUCAAAUAAUAUUAUGUAAAAUAAUAAGAUAAGGGGUUGCUUUAUCCUA